UUCAGCAAACCAAGCAUGUUUGCAGUGGAAGGAGAAGCCGGGAUUCUUCGCCUGCUGAGCUCUCUCUUAGGGGAGCAUUAUUAUUAUUAUUAUUAUUCGAGUGGGGGGCGAUCCUAAGGACCGGCAUCGGGUAAGCCUCGAGAACGAUGUACGAGGAAGAUAUUUUCCUGGUAGGGGACACGCAGCAGUCUAGCUAUGAAGAAAAGACAAAAAAGUCACAGAAGCGCAAUCGAGAAGAACUGCGACAGUCAAUUGCAUCCUCUGGUCAGACAUCGUAUUCAUCCCAGGAUACAGAAGAUUCUGGGACUAGUCGAAAAAAACAUAAGAAGAAAAAAUCCAGUUCGGAAACCUCUGAUGCUUUCUGGGUCAUCCCUGAGACUCAGCUGAACAAUGAGUCCGAAAUAAAUAAUUUUGUGCCUAAGAAGAAGAAAAAGAAGAUGAAACACAGAGGUAAACGUGGUAGUGAUGACGAGUGCUGGAGCCCAUCAACUCCACAACAAUCCAGUCGACUGUCCUCUAAAAAGGCUUUGAAAAACGGGGAUGACGGUGUUGUUGUUGAUGAGUGUUGGAGCCCAUCGACUCCCCAAAAAUCCAGUCAACUCUCAUCCAAAAAGGCUUUGAAAAACGGGGAUGACUGUGUUGUUGGUGAUGAGUGUUGGAGCCCAUCAACUCCCAAAAAAUCCAGUCAACUGUCCUCCAAAAAGGCUUUGAAGAAUGGAGGUGACCGUGUUGUUGGUGAUGAGUGUUGGAGCCCAUCAACUCCCCAAAAAUCCAGUCAACUCUCAUCCAAAAAGGCUUUGAAAAAUGGAGGUGACUGUGUUGUUGGUGAUGAGUGUUGGAGCCCAUCAACUCCCCAAAAAUCCAGUCAACUGUCCUCCAAAAAGGCUUUGAAAAAUGGAGGUGACCGUGUUGUUGGUGAUGAGUGUUGGAGCCCAUCAACUCCCAAAAAAUCCAGUCAACUGUCCUCCAAAAAGGCUUUGAAAAAUGGAGGUGACCGUGUUGUUGGUGAUGAGUGUUGGAGCCCAUCAACUCCCAAAAAAUCCAGUCAACUGUCAUCCAAAAAGGCUUUGAAAAAUGGAGGUGACCGUGUUGUUGGUGAUGAGUGUUGGAGCCCAUCAACUCCCCAAAAAUCCAGUCGACUGUCCUCCAAAAAGGCUUUGAAAAACGGGGAUGACCGUGUUGUUGGUGAUGAGUGUUGGAGCCCAUCAACUCCCAAAACAUCCAGUCGACUGUCCUCCAAAAAGGCUUUGAAAAAUGGAGGUGACCGUGUUGUUGGUGAUGAGUGUUGGAGCCCAUCAACUCCCAAAACAUCCAGUCAACUGUCCUCCAAAAAGGCUUUGAAAAAUGGAGGUGACCGUGUUGUUGGUUGA